GAACUCAGCUCGAGGACAAAAUGGCCGGUAACCCUAACCACUAACCACUUACUAGGAAUAGAGCAAGGUCGUUAUGUUUAUUUCAAUGAUACUAUCCUAGUUAAUUACUUUAUCUGAACUGGAAGACGUUGUUUCGUUUACAUAGCUUCUAUAACCAUCAAUAUUAAUCAUGAAGCUUGUACCGUUUUUGUUUAAUAAAAUUCCAAAAAUGUUGGAUUUUUAUUCUCAAUUCAACCCGACUCCGAUGUCAAUCAAGCAGUUCAUUGACUUUGGACUGAGCGCUUGUGAGAAGAAAUCUUACACGUUCCUGCGCAAGGAAUUGCCAGUUCGUCUCGCUAAUAUUAUGAAGGAAAUUCAUUUGCUCCCUGAAAAUUUGUUGAAAAUGCCCUCUGUAGGACAUGUCAAUGAAUUGUACGCUCUAUCCUUCAAUGAAAUUCUCGAGUUUGAGAAAGCCGAUACUACCAGCAAGGACCUUGACAGGUUCUGCAAAGCGCUGAUUAAAAUCAGAAACCGCCAUAGCGAUGUGGUGGUGACAAUGGCUCAGGGAGUACUCGAACUCAAAGACUCCCAUGAAAUCGACAAUCAGACCGAGAACAGCAUUCAAUAUUUUCUCGAUCGAUUCUACAUGUCUCGUAUCAGCAUCCGUAUGUUGAUCAACCAGCACACUUUGCUGUUUGGUGGUGAAUUGACCAACGACCGCCAUCACCGCCAUAUUGGUUGCAUUGAUCCUCAAUGCGAUCUCGUCGCGGUCGUCAAGGAUGCUUACGAGAAUGCUCGUUUUCUCUGCGACCAAUACUACUUGUGCUCGCCUGAUCUCAUCAUAAAUCAGCACAACGAAUUGGAGCAGGGUGCGCCGAUCCAUAUCGUGUAUGUGCCUUCUCACCUGUACCAUAUGCUGUUCGAAAUAUUCAAGAAUGCAAUGAGGGCUGUCGUGGAGUAUCACAGCCACAAGAAUAGUGACAGCUACCCGCCGAUCGAGGUGACUGUGGUUCGCGGCAAGGAGGACAUUUGCGUCAAGAUGUCUGACCGUGGAGGAGGUAUACCUCGUAGCCUCACCGAUCAGCUGUUUCAUUACAUGUACAGCACUGCUCCUCAACCGUCCAAGUCUGAUGCUCACACAGUUCCUCUUGCUGGAUACGGAUACGGGCUACCGAUAUCUCGGCUGUAUGCUCGCUACUUCCAUGGAGAGCUGAGCCUCUUGUCGUGCGAUGGAUAUGGUACUGAUACCAUAAUCUACAUGAAGGCGCUGUCUAAUGAAGCCAACGAACUUCUUCCGAUCUUCAAUAAGACUUCUUCGCGCUUCUACAAAACUACCAUUCCGACCGGCGACUGGAGUCACAGCACUUCCAUGAACCAUCGCCACUUCACAAGCAGCUCUACCAAUAGCGGCAAGACCCGUUCAGUCGGCGAUGUCGCCUCUUAAGAACAAUGUUCUUAACUUUGAAGUACCUUUUCUUUUCAAGGAAGCUCCUCAUUUUCGUUCAGUUUGUUUUUCCUCAUUUAUCUUCUCUAAGCGUUUCAUCUGUUAGUUAAACGAUCUUAGACUUAUUUGCAAUAUUUACUGAUUAAGAUGUUUCUCUAUGCGUUCCAAUGUUGAACGAUCAAUGGUGUUCUGAGUUUUUGUAUAACGCUGUUUGCGUUUUCUAUGUUUGUUGAUGCUCUCUGCAUUUUGUGACUCAUUAAGAGUCACUUUUGUUUGUUUUCAUAUGUUUACCUACUAUUAGUUACUUCAGGUAGUUGUUUACCUCCUUUGAAUUUAACGUUCAGCAUUAGCCAAAAACAUUCCAUGAGGAAAUUACCUUGCAGUAAACAUGGGCUAACUGCACAUGGACUAACAUGACAGCAUUGGUUUAAAUUGGUGGUGGUCCUUAUUUGUAAUAGUUUGCCUGGUAUUAUUCACAAAUUAUCUAUUUUAACAUUUCAAUCGAAUACUGCAAUAAUAUUUCAACCCAUGAUUUUUAUAAAUAACUGACUCUCCGUAUACGAAACUACGGUACGCUGUUGAUAUUCUAAACUUUUGAGAAUCAUGACGAUUGAUAUUUAAUUGAUUGAGUUUUUAAUUUUUCAAAAUUGUUAAUUCCAUUUACUAUCAACUCAUUUCAAAAUAUCAUUUUCAAAAUUCAAAUAUUGAUAAUAAAGUAGAUAUCCCAUCGAUCGUUCCACACAGCUAUUGCCUUACCUAAGUUGAUAGUUAUUAGUGUGAUAUUGAAAAUUGAGAUAACUAAAAGUUAACUAUGUAAAUGAUAACAAACUUACCAUGUUUGAAAUACUGUAAUUAGUUGUAUAAUGCGGCGGUGUGUGAUUAGAAUAUGCUAUUUUAUGACAAAAUGAUCAUUAAAAUAACAUUUCUAUUUACCAGGCAAAUGUAGAAUACUAUAUAUUCGUGAUAUCAUAUCUUCGAAAGACUGAUUGGACCGUUAAAUAAUUAUCAUGUUCUGUUUUAUAUCAAAUUUAUUCAAGUUUUCAUUGAUAAUAUUGUUAAUUUUAUUACAUGAUGAUCUUGGUCGUCAAGAGUUGAUUUAUGAUGACAUUUCGUGAUGAAUAGAUUUAUACUAGUUAAAGGUAUAAAGUUUUUGUAUCUUGAUCCUUAGUAAUUGUGAUUUAUUAUGUAAAGGUACGUUCACUAAAGUACCUUUUUGUUUUGUAUUCGUAAAGUUUAAUUUCAUUCAAUUUGAAAAAAUAAAAAGAGUUAUUUUGAAA